GAAGCCUCACUAUCUUCAAUGUUGCAGUCUUCUCCUCCCAUGAGCGAAGAGAAGGCGCGUGCCAUUCGAGAGUUAUCACGUAGCUUAAGCCACAGCCCUCGGCCAGACCCAUCGCUCUCACCAGCAGCCAGCGACUCGAAUCCUACCCAGCAAUUCGGGGGCGACUCUCUCGAUUUCGAAGACGACCCAGACUUCCUUGCUUCGACACAACACCGGAUUGACGACGAAACCAACGAAUUGCCUACAUUCCCGCGAAUCAGGUCAACAGCCAAGAAGAUCAAUUCCUGGCAGGGCCUGCGCUCCGAGCAGCCCAUCCCAGACACCUCGAUGGUAAACAAACAAUUUGGGGACUUCGACCAGAGCAUCUCAGACGAAGAUGACAUCUCAAUCGAGCAAGGUCGCGGUCUUCCCCGAAGCAACCGGAGCACCCCGGCAAAGGGGCAAUCCUUCGGAGCAUACAACAGCUUCUACGACAUGACGCCGCCCUCAGCACGAUCCCGCAAGUCGCACGCAGCUGAAACCGGCAGCCUUCGACGCGACGCUCAACUCAGACGUGCAUCGCGUAAUGAUUUGAAGGCCACUGCUGCUCGACCCGCCAGCACGCGUAACUCUCCCGCAGCUGGCAACGUCGAGCGAAAGCGCGCAUCGCUCGCUCAACUGCACGCUAAGGUGUCGGAAGAUGAAUCAUCAUUCAUGGACGAGCGUCCUCCCACGGUGACACUUCAGUCCAAGAGUACGCGAUGGGGUUCGCGCAGCCGACAGACCUCUCUUCAGAUGGACGGCAUGGUCGAUGCGUACGCGAACAACAAUACGAAUGCUCAGUCACGGCCCACAACCGCGCAAAACGCCACGGCACAGUCCUUCAUGCUGCCGGAUAUCCCCAAUCUUACGGAGCUUGUCUCUGGCGUCUUCGACGACGGUGCACCCAUGUUCUCUAAGAGCACUCCCGCUCGAACACGGUUUGCUGCACCCCGUAAGAAUGGACGUGCUAGAGGCCAAGCUAACUACUAUCCCAUUGAUAGCCUCCCCGUGCCCGACGAGGAGAAGGCGAUCUUCACUUCCCUCCAGCUGUUGCAGGAACGCGUCGCCCAGCUCGAGCACGAACGCGCAGAAGCCGAGAAGAAGAUCGAGGAUCAGGAAAUCGAGAUAAUCGAGCUUCGGGCAUCCGCCCAGGCACGUGGCGGUCGAGACAGCGCUUUGGGAUCUACUGAUGGCGAGGGCUCCGGGAAGAGCAAUUGGAAAGUGGAUAAGACGCGACUUGAAGCUUCUGUGCAAACUCUCCGUACGAAAUUGGCCAGAGCGGAGCGCAAGGUGGAACUGUCAGAGAUCGAGAAGAACCGAAGAAAUGGAGAGCGAGACACCAUGGCAACCCGAUUAGGUGUAGCAUCUCAAAACUUUGAAGAGUUGAAGAUGGAGAAGGAAGCUCUGAGUGCCGAGAAUGGAACCCUCCGACAGGAGAUUGAUCGAUUACGCGAGGAGAAUGAGGCUCUUCUCCAACAACUCGCCCAGGAGCAAGACCACUAUCGAGAGGAGACUGCCCAGCUUCAGCAACGCUUCAACCGAGCAGGAAAUGAUACCCAAAAAGAGAACGAGACCCUUCGUGCUGAAUUGAAACGCAUGCGUUCUCAAAACGAGGAAAACACGCAGACUUUGUUCCGCAGGGAGGCUGAGCUUCGUAAGGCCCGCAGUGAGCAAGCCGAUUAUGUGAAGCUCAAGGCCGAUAACGAUGCACUUAAAGAGCAGAUGGCUGAACUAAAAGCUAAACAAGAUCAAGAACGCCUCCGCUGGGCAAGCCUCGAAACCGAUCUUAAAGACAGGGUUGCCCACCGGGAUGAGACCAUCCGUCACUUCUACGAUAUGACCCAGGAGCAGACGAACGAAGUUAUCCGCGAAGACAACGAACACCUUCGAAAUGAACUUGCCCGGAUGGCGGUGCAGCACGAAGAAGAAGCUCGUCGUUGGUCCGAACGGGAGAAUAAGCUGAGGAAGAAGAUCAUUACAUCGAGACAGCAACAGACAGGCGAGACAUUGACUCGUGAGCUCCACAAUCUACGACAGAACAACACCACCACUGGAACCCAACGACAGUCCAGCUCCAAGCGCGACGAUACUCGAACCCGUAUUGCAGACAGAGUACGAGAAGAAGUCCGCAUUAGCAAGAGCGCCAAUGCUUCGCACAUCUCCAACCCUGCUAGGAGCUUCCAGAAAUCAGCCAACAGGUUCUACUCUACUUCACAGCGCGGCCCUUACGCACCAGACGUUCACCGAAGCGUAUCUGCCCCUGUCAAUCUCACCCAGGAUCUAGAUGGUGAUGUGGAGUCUACAACCGACCUCUCUCUUACACCUCGUGGAAAUCCCUACGUGUCACUUGGUCAUGGUACAAAUUUGGAACAGCCAUCUCAGAUGGACCUGACUGAGUUGAGCGCAUUCAAUACUGGGGAUAUUGCUAGACUCAGACAAGAGAUUGAAGAGGAGAGGCUUGCGAAUCACAUGAGGUCUUCGGUUCCGGUGCAGAGGCAAGCCCAGAAUGACACUGUUCGAUCCAUGGCCUCCGUCAAAAGCGACCGCCGGUCCUCGGUUCCGAAGAAAUCCUCAAUGAAGGAUUUGACCGAGCGUACUAACGGAACCAUCUUUGAGGAUCUCACCGGCGGGGUUGCAGAUCACGAUGCUGCUGUCGACCCAUCUCAAACCCACGAGACCAACAUUGAUAUGUCCAUGCUUAGCAACACGAGCCGCCGCCGCCGCAGUGCUCCCAUGGACAACAUGACUUCAGCUUUCAUCGUUCCCGAUAUCAAGAUUGCAGCACGCGAGCGAACCAUCAAGAUCGACCUGACCCGCACAGUGGGGAAUCGAUCCCAUGAUAACGAGAAUUGCUCCGUCUGCCGUCGACAGGCUGAAAAUCCAUCUGCCGACCCAUUGCAUGUACCUAAACUGAUCCCGGUAUCUGCCCGCAUGCCUGAUGAGUCCGAUGCAACACUGCGUCCAUCAAGAGACCCCAAAGAGGCCCUGGCACUGGUUGUGAAGGAAUUGGUCGACGAGCGUUCUCACCUCCACAUGGAGCUUGCAGCCUACCGAGUGCUCCUCGAGGCUCACGAUGCCAGCAUGGGAUUGAAGAAGCGGACAGCCAUCAAUGAGGAAAUCAAGGACCUUCUUCGACGUAUCGAUAUCAAGGACACGCAGAUCUACCACCUCUACGAUGUGGUUGAAGGCCAACAGGGCAACGACAUCACCGAGCAAGAUGUUGAAGAGCUCACCCGAGAGAUUGAUCUCCAAACUCAGCAAGGUGCUUCUACCAAGAAGGAUAAGAAGGUUACCAUUCAGAGCUACAUCGAGAGCGACGAGGAGAAUGAUCACAACUCGAUCGACGAGGAAGAUGAGGAGUUGCCUUGGGAAGGCUUCGAAGACACUGCGACCCAGAGCAUCAACUUCAGCAAGCUCAACUCCGGAAGACGGACGAGCGCUGUGUACUAA